AGACAGAGAGAGAGAGGAAGAUUGUUUUUAACUUAAUUGCAGGCCAAUUCAUAAAUUAAUCGAAUGAAUCAAAUAAAUAGCCCUACAUUUCGAAUGACUAACCGUCUAUAAUAUACAAUAACAAACACUCUGGAAGAGUCCCAGUAAAUGGAAACAGGAGUGAAACUCGCGGUUAAAUCUUCAAUGUUUUCCAGACUAACAAGAAUUCCAUCCGUCUCUCUCUCUCUAGGAUUGGUGGGGGUUGCUUGUUCAAGCCAAUUGGCAGAGAGCAAUGCUAAUGUCAUAUCGGUGUCGGUCGUGAGUUGAGAACAUUACGAACCGGGCGCAAGUGAAUUUAUCCGGAGAUGCGGUGACAUUCACAGGUGAACUUUACAAAGUAGACCCUUCACUCGUUUGUGCCUACAACAUGCAGUCGCCAACAUUUGGACGAAUCUAACCGCUCAGUACCGGACAAGUCUACGGGACAGCGGUGCGCUUUCUGGACAUUUCAUCCAAUGCGACGUAACGUGAAUCGUUUCUACAAUUCAAGGAAUAUUGGUUCUGAACUCUUUGGGGUAGAAGGCGUGGCGUGUGAUGAACCUGGAGAGUGCGUGUGGUUACCAGGUCGGGGUGCGGGGCCCACGGGCUGUGAUGGAGCAGAAGGUCAAAAGUCGACUGAACUAUGGCUUCCAGAGGAGCUCCACGUCAGACGACGACUCCGGAUGUGCCCUGGAGGAGUACGCCUGGGUGCCGCCCGGCCUCAGACCAGAACAGGUCCAGCUGUAUUUCUCCUGUCUGCCUGAGGACAAGGUACCUUAUGUUAACAGUCCCGGAGAGAAGUUCCGAAUCAAACAACUCCUGUAUCAACUGCCUCCACAUGACAACGAGGUGCGGUACUGCCAGUCUCUCAGUGAGGAGGAGAAGAAGGAGCUCCACAUGUUCAGUGUCCAGAGGAAGAAGGAGGCACUGGGGAGGGGCUCCCUCAAACUGCUGCCCCGGGCCCUGCUACACAGCGUCUGUGAACACUGUGGGGAGAGUGUCAACGGAGGAGAGAUGGCGGUGUUUGCCUCCAGAGCGGGUCCUGGGCUGGUCUGGCACCCAGCAUGCUUUGCAUGCGCCACGUGUCAGGAGCUGCUGGUAGACCUGAUCUACUUCCACCAGGAUGGAAAGAUCCACUGUGGACGGCACCAUGCUGAACUGCUGAAACCACGAUGCUCAGCCUGCGACGAGGUUAUCUUUUCUGAUGAGUGCACAGAGGCGGAGGGGCGUCAUUGGCACAUGAAGCACUUCUCCUGUUUCGAGUGUGAGACGGUKYUGGGGGGACAGCGUUAUAUCAUGAAGGAUGGGCGGCCAUAUUGCUGCGGCUGCUUCGGUUCGCUCUUCGCUGAGUACUGCGAGGCCUGCAGAGAACACAUCGGGGUGGACAAUCCCCAGAUGACGUAUGACGGUCUCCACUGGCACGCCACCGAGGGUUGUUUCUGCUGUGCCCAGUGUAAGAGCUCUCUACUGGGCUGUCCCUUCCUGCCCAAGCAGGGCCGGAUCUACUGCUCCAAGGCCUGCAGUCUGGGCGAGGAUGUCCACACCUCUGACUCCUCCGACUCCGCCUUCCAGUCUGCGCGCUCCCGCGAAUCCCGCCGCAGCGUCCGCAUGGGCAAGAGCAGCCGCUCGGCUGACCAGUGCCGCCAGUCRCUCCUCUUCUCGCCCUCCGUCAACUACAAGUUCCCUGGGUUCACCGGUGAUGCCGGCAACACAGACACACUCACCAACAAGCUGGCCCACCUGGGUUUAACCAACGAGGAGCAAUUUUGGAAGGGGAGGGAGGGCACUGAGGCCCCUGAGGAUCGGGAGGAAGAGGAGUGGGCCGAGCACGAGGACUACAUGACACAGCUGCUGCUCAAGUUUGGGGAGCAAGGUGUCUUCCAGCAGGGUGAGGCAGUYGACUCCAGACCCCCAACAGAUCUGUGGAUGACCGAGGCAGAGGUCAAGAUGAAACAGUGUGAGCCUCAGGGCUCAAGGGCUGGGAGAGGAGGAGGAGGUGGAGGAGGGUCAGGCAGCCAAAGCCUGGCCAGUAAGAAGUACCAGGCAGAUAUGUACUGGGCUCAGUCCCAGGAUGGGUUAGGGGAUUCAGCCUACGGUAGCCACCCAGGCCCUGCUAGCAGCAGAAAGCUCCAGGAGCUGGAGCUGGAGCACAGGGCUGGUAGCAUUGGGGAUAAAGGCUUCCAGAGGGAGGAAAAACAGUGGUAUGAUGACUCUCUGGAGUGUAUCACAGAUGGGCUGAAGCAGACGGAUCAGAGCGUCAGGGACUCGAUGGACUCACUGGCACUGUCCAACAUCACCGCGGCAUCAGUAAACGGAGACAGUAAAGAGCGCCCUCUGGUCUAUUCCUUACAAAACUUCCAGGAGCUUGAGGCAGAGAACUGUGAGAACACAAGCAACAUGGGAACUCUCAAUUCCUCCACGUUACACCGCAGUGCCAAUUCCCUGAAGAGCCUUACAUCUGAGCUGGAGCAGGUGGAGGAGAAUGUACCAGAGGAAGAGGCGGCUCCUCUUCCCUCUCCCCCAAAGCCACCUCACGUCCCGGAGUUGAGGAGGACUCGCUCCCAAUCCCGACCCCAACAGGUCAAGUUCUCCCCAGACGUCGUUGACAACAGUCGCUAUGGUGACCUGCCAGUGCGCCAGCCCCCCAUGAGCGAGAGGACGCGGCGGCGUGCCUACCACUUUGAAGAGCAGGACCCGGAGCUUCUUGGCUCAAGCUCCGGCCGCCAUCACAACCACCACCAUCACCACAGGAGGCGCCGCAGCCGCAAGUCCCGCUCCGACAACGCUCUCCACCUGGUGCCCAAGGAGAGGGCUAACCGCAUGUACUUCAGAGAGGACCAUAGAGGCCAUAGGAGCCACGGCCACAAGGGUCCCCAGCAGCAGACCUUCCUGCCCAACCAGCAGAGGUAUGACCAGGGCCAACCUGGUCACCCCCAUCCCCACCACGCCACCUCAGAUUACGGGCUCCAGCAGGGCCCAGCCAUGGAGAGGUUCCUGGGGCUGUGUGGGGACAGGGGCGAGGAUGACUGGUGCUCCACCUGCUCAUCUUCCUCCUCAGAGUCUGAGUCUGAGGAGGAAGGCUUUUUCCUGGGGCAGCCCAUCCCCCAGCCACACAGACACUACUAUGAUAACCUGCCCAGCCCUAGCCACGUGGCAGGCCUACCCUCCCCGCCUUACGGGGGAAUCCUACGGACUAAGUCCAAAAAAAAGAAGGGGCACAAGGGGAAAAACUGUAUAAUUUCAUAACUUUUUUGUGGAGUACCCUUUUAAAUUAUACUCGGUCUGCAUUGCAACCCCCCUCUAGAUCUCUUGUUGCCACUGUUCGGAAUAUGGAAACGGCCUGCCUGCUUGCUACAAAUGCCAAAAUGAUCUUGCCAACUGGUUGUACUACAUGUCUUCUCGAGAUGGAUUACAAAAAACAGACAUGUUUGUAGUGGAAUGGCAUUGAAAGACUAAACAGAUUGCAUAUUCUUUUUUUUWACCUUUAUUUAAGUAGGCAAAUCAGUUAAGAACAAAUUCUCAUUUACAAUGACGGCCUACCCUGGCCAAA